UCUCGAGCGAGCCGAGAUUCUUCACCCUCUCCAUUCGUGUAGCUGUUGAUUCGCGUGCUGCAUGGUGCCCUGCUUAUGAACUCCAUCCAUCCGCCCUUUCGUGGUUCGAUUGGGUUCUUCUUGUUCAUCGCGCAAGGCCGACAUUGCUAGACAUCGUAGCGUUCGUGGCUAUCUAAUUAAGGUCAUCUCAGUGUCUGCUUGUUUCAUGAUUGGUCUCAUGGAAGACUAUUCAUCAUGGGAUUAUCUUCCAGUUGAUCACAUUAGAACUCCUGCAUUCAACUCUGGAGUUGUUUCUGAAGCAAGUAAUGGAAACAAAGAAUUCUCAGUUUCGUUGGAUGCUGCCGUUCCUGAUGAUAUCCUGGAGAGGAUUUUCACAUUCUUGCCUAUAGCAAGCAUGAUGAGGGCAACAGCAGUAUGCAAGAGAUGGUACAGCAUUAUCUAUUCAAGCAGAUUUCUUUGGACCCACAUGUUGCCUCAACGGCCGUGGUACUUCAUGUUCACCUCUAAUGAAACUGCUGCUGGCUAUGCCUUUGACCCCAUCCUCCGCAAGUGGUAUGAUUUAGAGCUUCCUUAUAUUGACAAGAGCAGCUGUUUUGUCUCUUCUUCUUGUGGCCUAGUUUGCUUCAUGGACAAUGACAACAGGAACACCAUUUCUGUGUCUAACCCUAUCACAAAAAACUCCAAGAGGCUUUUGGAGCCUCCCGGUGAAACAUUGCCAGACUACAGUACCAUUGCCAUAAAAGUAGAUCGGCUGUCUCAUAAGUACUCCAUUACAGUGGCAAAAUCCAAGCAGGUUCCUGAAGAUUUUGUCCGAUGGUACUUUUCAGUAUACAAGUAUGACUCUUGGAGUGGUACAUGGGUAACUUCUGCAAGUGAAGUGUUCAUUGGUUGGAGAGGAGGUGAUGAUAGUGUCAUAUGCAACGGAGUCCUGUACUGCUUAAUUCACUCCACUGGUGUUCUUGGCAAUGUCAACCCCCGCCAUGGCGUUAUCAUGUAUGACCUUGUUGGCGAAUCUUCUGGGACUUCGUUAAUGCAAACAUCAAUCCCAGUUCCUUGUUCUCUCACAUGUGGCCGUCUGGUAAACUUAAAGGAGAAGCUGGUUUUGGUGGGUGGGAUUGCAAAACACAACAGACCUGAUAUCAUUAAAGGAAUAGGAAUAUGGGAACUCCAUGAGAAACAGUGGCAUGAGGUAACUCGGAUGCCCCACAAAUUCUUCCAAGGAUUCGGUGAAUUUGAUGAUGUUUUUGCCUGUAGUGGCACAGAUGAUCUUGUCUACAUACAAAGCUAUGGCGCAACUGCUUUGCUUGUUUUUGACAUGAUGCAUAAGCAAUGGAAGUGGUCCGUGAAAUGCCCUAAUCAUCAUGGGCCAAAUCCAGGUUUCCUCUUGUGGGGGCUGACCCAUCCUGUACUGUCUGUGAUGACGCCCCCAUGACUGUGCAGCACGGUGCAAGUGAGCCAGAGGCGCCAUUGAUGAGGUUUCAACGCUUGCUGCAGCUGCUGCUACUGUGUGCUGUGUGCGAGGCUGAGGCAUUGAUGGCUUAGCCGUAUCUGUGGUUCUCUCUGCCGAGUCUUUCCUUCUCCUUCUCCUUUUUUUUUUUUGGAGAACUUCUCAGUAUGGUGUCGUGUAGUUGAUGCAGUGCGUAUGGUGGUGUUGGUUAAUGGUUAUUCUGCAGAUUGUGUUUUACCUCAACCUGGGCCUGGUUUCCGUCGACGCUCUCAUCUGAAGCUUGUGAAUCUGAGAUGGCAUCCAUACAGGGUUUCAUGUGUGUGUACUGUAUGGAGGCUACCCCUGUCGUUUGCUGUUGGUUCCAGCUGUCAUGGAUGAGGCC